GAAUAUAUCGAGAGAAGAAGAAGGAGCGGGCCUUUGUCCCGACAUACAGCGUGUUUGCAGUGUUGCAGUCAUCAGGACGUUUAGCUGCGAAAGGACUUCUACCCGGUACCGUCGGCUCCUCGCGUCAACAUGGUGAAAUUAUCAGCAGAGUUAAUUGAGCAGGCUGCUCAAUAUACCAACCCCGUGAGAGACAGAGAGCUGGAUUUACGAGGUUAUAAAAUCCCGGUGCUUGAAAAUCUUGGAGCUACUCUGGACCAGUUUGACACGGUUGACUUCUCUGAUAAUGAAGUCAGAAAACUGGAUGGCUUUCCUCUGCUCAAAAGACUGAAGACAUUGCUAGUGAACAACAACAGGAUUUGUCGCAUAGGUGACAAUCUGGAACAAUCUCUGCCGAGUCUGACAGAACUGGUUCUUACAAACAACAAUAUCCAGGAGCUGGGUGACUUGGACCCCCUGGCCUCAGUGAGGACACUGACCCUCCUCAGCUUGUUAAGGAAUCCCGUGACCAACAAGAAGCAUUACAGGCUCUAUGUCAUCAACAAAAUCCCACAGAUCCGUGUGCUAGACUUCCAGAAGGUAAAGCUAAAGGAACGUCAGGAGGCAGAGAAAAUGUUCAAGGGCAAACGAGGUGCUCAACUUGCAAAGGAUAUUGCCAAGCGAACCAAAACGUUCACUCCUGGAGGGGCCGCACAGCCGGAGAAGAAGAGGAGCGGGCCGUCUCAGGCUGACGUGGAAGCCAUCAAGAAUGCCAUCGCUAAUGCGUCCUCAUUGGCUGAGGUGGAGAGGCUGAAAGGGAUGCUGCAGGCCGGUCAGAUACCAGGACGAGAUCCCAGACAAGCUGGGACGGUGGAGGAGGAAGAGGAGGAGGAACAAGAAGAACAACAAGAAGAAGAAGAACAAGAAGAAGAACAAGAAGAAGAACAAGAGGGUGAAACGGCACAGAUGGAGUCACACAUGGGAGGAGGUUCUGGAGAAGAGAUCAAUGACGGCGAGGGAGAGGAGGACGAGGAGGAGGACAUGGAGGAAGAGCCUCAGGUUAAUGGCUCCUGAGCACGUUUUUUUGUUUUUUUGUUUUUUGUAGAUUUUCACGAGUUGGACAUGCAUCACUGCAGUUUUAUUUUGUAAACAGACAUAUUAAACUGAUUGCUUAUA